CGGUGAAGCCGCGGGAGCUCGCACGGGGCGGGGCCUGGGGCUCCUGCAGUGCUCCCGCCUCCUCCGGCAGCGCUGGUCGCUGCGCUGAGCGCCCGAGCGAGCCCGGCCCCGAGCACCAGGAAGCGCUGGGCCGCCUGAAGCACGGGGGGUGGGGCAUAGUUGUCAGGUCCGAAAUAGGAAAUAAUCCUCUUGGAAGCUCAAAAUGAUGAUAUCGGAAGCUCAACGCGGUCGUAUUUCCUGAAAAGCUACGUGCAUAAGCAUGCCGCUAAGUAUGCAAAUAAGUCUUCUUGUGGACUUGCUCUUGCUCACCCUAACUCUCAGUGAGCGAGCGAGCGAGCGAGCACGGGGUCGUCACAGAUGAACCAGGUCUUUGGAGGCAAGCAGUCUGAAGAAGGUCCCGAUAGCAAACCCAGAAGUCUUGCCUGGCAGAGGAAGCACCGCGCGUCUGAAGGCAGUUUUCCGUUCAAUAUGUUAUUGAACACUGACCAAGUAAACCUAAUUGGACAAGUGUUUGAAUCCUACGUUUUGGAAUAUCACAAAAAUGACAUUUUACAUAUCUUAAGAGAGCAAGAUGAUGAGAAACAUUAUCCAAUUGUUGUUGAUGCCCUGACUCUUUUUGAGACCAAUAUGGAAAUUGGAGAGUAUUUCAAUGCAUUUCCGAAUGAAGUGCUUCCUAUUUUUGACAAUGCAUUACGCAGAGCAGCUGUGGCAGCUCUGCAGCCCACUUCCCAGAAUCAUGGUGUUAGCAUCAAGCAGAAUCUUCAUGCCAGGAUAUCAGGUUUGCCUGUUUGUCCAGAGCUAACCAGAGAACAUAUCCCUAAAACCAGAGAUGUGGGUCACUUCUUGUCUGUUACUGGUACUGUUAUUCGUACUAGUUUAGUGAAGGUCCUGGAGUUCGAGCGGAAUUAUAUAUGUAAUAAAUGCAAACAUGUAUUUGUUGUAAAGGCUGAUUUUGAGCAGUACUAUGCUUUCUGUCGUCCAUCAGCCUGCCCAAAUGAAGAAGGCUGCAACUCAUCCAAAUUCACUUGUGUCUCAGGAACAAACGCUGCUCCCACCAGUUGCAGAGACUAUCAAGAAAUCAAAAUUCAAGAACAGGUUCAAAGACUAUCUGUUGGAAGCAUUCCUCGCUCUAUGGUGGUUGUCUUGGAAGAUGAUUUAGUGGAUAGUUGCAAGUCUGGUGAUGACAUCACAGUGUAUGGAGUGGUAAUGCAGAGAUGGAAACCUUUCCAUCAGGAUGUGCGCUGUGACCUUGAGAUUGUUUUGAAAGCCAAUUACAUUAAAGUAAAUAAUGAACAACUAGCAGGAGUUAUAAUUGAUGAGGAGGUCCGCAAGGAAUUUGAAGACUUCUGGGAAAAACAUAAGAGUAAUCCCUUAGCAGGGAGGAAUGAAAUCUUGGCUAGCUUGUGUCCUCAGGUGUUUGGGUUAUACCUAGUGAAGCUUGCUGUUGCUAUGGUACUUGCUGGAGGCGUGCAAAGGACUGAUGCUGUAGGAACUCGAGUGAGAGGUGAAUCGCAUCUUUUGUUGGUUGGAGACCCUGGAACAGGAAAAUCUCAAUUUUUGAAGUAUGCAGUAAAGAUUAUGGCACGAUCGGUGCUUACUGCAGGGAUUGGUUCUACAAGUGCAGAGGGGCCAGGCAGUGAGCGUGGGGGAGUCGCCAGCCAGGGAGAGCCUAAGACUGCCUUAUCUGCUUAUCUUCUCAAACCUAGAGCCCAAGCCUGCCCUCAUCCACAUCUAUCUUUCACACUUUACUUAUCUCCUCACACUUCCUGCAUCACCCUGGUUGAGAAUGACCAGUUCACACUGUUAGGAUUUAAAGGCUCAGGUAGCCUAUGGCUUUGUUCAGUGGGCUUAGAACAGGGGUGGGCAAAAUGCAGCCCACAGGCCGGAUGCAGCCCGCCAGACCAGUCUAUCUGGCCCACAGGGCCCCUAAAAAAUUUAGAAAAUUAAUAUUCAUCUGCCUGUGGCUGCAUGUGGCCCUCAAUGGCUUGCCAAAACUCAGUAAGAGGCCCUCUGCCUGAAAUAAUUGCCUGGCUCUGGCUUAGAAAGACUGCUUGGCUAAAAGGGGUUUUGAAAGCCUAGUAGUAAUUAACAUAAUUGCUCUUCUUUGGCUUAUAUCAAACUGGAGGAACAGGGGGGGUUAUCUGCAGAUAAUGGCUUACUUCAGGGUUUUCCAACCUUUUUGGAUCAGUGUAACCCCAGCAGCCAGACACAGAGCAGGGUGGGGGGUACUGCACGGCCAGACACAGAGCGGCAGAAGCCGCUGCACACAAGCUUCCCUCACCCCUGUGAUCAGCCAGGUGGGCAGCACCUGCAUGGCAGUGCAAGAUAUUGUGCAGCAGCGCACCAUCCCUACCCACCUGACUGUACCCCUCAAGGCCUUUUCAAGUACCCCGGUUGACAACCCCUGGCUUACUUAACCAUUAUAGAUGUUAGUGCAUUAUGUGAAAGGGAGAUGAAACCAAUCGGGAUGAUACUGUACAGUGUAAAACACUGUUCAGUCCAAUUAAGUCUUACUGCCUCCACAAAUUCUUCCUGUACAGCUGCUAUUUUUCCAUAAAGUAGGUAAGAGCUCUUUGGAACACUAAUUUCUUGUGUCCAGUAUCUAGCUUAUGCAGUGAGAUGAUGUGUUGAUUAACUGUGUCAAACUAGCUCAGCUACCACUAACUUGUAGGUAUGAUGGCUCAAUUUAGUUCCUUUUCAUCUCUUUUAAGAAGUCUUUGAACUAAUAGUAGAUAGCUUCUGAUUGCUUCUUACUUCAGUGGUAUAAGGAUUGGGAACCUUAUUACCAUAGUAUUAAACCAAAUCAAACUUAAUUAGUCUACCGACCCUUAAACACAACUAAAGUUACUUGCAUGCAUCCAUUUAGAAGACCAGAUCUUUUGUUUAUAAAGAAUAGGACAGUGACUGAAAACUGAGAAUUUCAUUCUGGCUCUAGGUCUUGUACAGUUAGUGCAAAAGAAAGUAAAAUAAAAUGGCAGAAUGAAAGACAAAUGUGUGUGCAUAAUACACAUUUGGAAAAACUCAUGUAUAUGCAAGUUAAAAAUUAAAAGAUUUAAGUAUCACUGGUUCUGGGUACUCAUUCUAAGUAGCAAUAAUUGCAUUAGUUAUUUUAAUAAUGUCUAUGAAUUUGUGUUAACCUUCAAAAUUGGUAUGAGUUCUGGCUCUGACUGUUCUUAAAUACAAAGUAAGGAACUAUUCAUGUAGAUUUGGAUUAGUUCAUUCAGAUUAUACCCUUUCUGGCUUUACAUAAAAAAAAAUUAUUAAAAAAUCACGUGCAUUUAAAAAUGAAAACAAUCUCACAGAAGCCAUUAGAAACAUACUCUUACUACUUAGAGCACCUGCAUUUUUAUUAAAGGCAGGAAGAUAAGAGAAAAGGCCCAAUUUGUAUUCAAAGCCAUACUGCUACUUAUCAUAGAAUUUAUCUUUCUGUGAGGAUUUAGAACCUAAACAAGUCAGUGUCUAUGGUUAUAAGCCCACAGUGACCUACAUUCUUAAAAGGAUGAUUACAAACGUCCUAUCAAUUCUAAGUGUGUAUCAUCUUUUUAUACUUUUACCUUGUCUGGUAUAAUAAGGCUGAGGAUUUUAGAAACAGCUAUAUAUUACUGUUGUACAGAUAUGACACAUUUUAUAAAUUACAGCCUGGUCCUCUCUCUUUUAAGAUGCUGUCAGGUAACAUGUUUCUGGUACAUUCUCUGAAACUAGUAUUGUGUUUUUGUGUGUACAGUGUCUUGCACAAGUGGACCAGAAUUUGAAAUCUGUACCAACAAGUACUACCUCAAUACAAAAAUAACACUGUAUAUGAUUUUUUUUUUUUUUAUGAAGCUAUAGGAAGAUAAAGCAUUUCAUCCCCUUAUUGCUAGCUACACAUACCGUGUGAAUAGUCUUAAGAAAAGUGAUGACUAUGCCAAGCAGUGAUUGUACAUGAUAAUCCUGUAGGGAGCAUUUUUUUUUUUAAAUAUAAGAAUUUGCUCUUCCUAUUGAAGUGUAAGUAUUGGCUUAGCUUACACAAUUGGUUGGAAAGUUUUACGCAACUAUCUGCAUAGUUCAAAGAGUUCUUUGCUGCACCCACCUACUCCAAAUGAAAUAUUGUUCUUAAUAGACUAUAUGAUGUGACUAAAUAGCAGCAGCAGAACAUUAAAAAAAAAAAAAAAAAAAAAAAA